CACACACACGGAGCAGAGGUGCAGGCGGCCCCAUACUUGUUGGGUCGCUUGACACGAACGGAUCAACCACGUUCCUGCUCGUCGUUCUCUCACAGGCUCCUGAUUCCCCUUAACACGAUGACUGGAGGCGGGAGGAGCGUGGUGUUGUUGGUGUGUGUGGUGGCGGGGCCGGCCUGCCUUGCCUCCGUGGCGGCCUUCGACCAGGACCGGGUCAUCUACAAGUGGUCGCCGCUCUGGUUCAACAACCACUAUCGCAGAGCCAACCUCUACAAAAGGUUCCGGGAGGAGCCCAUACAGAAGUGGAGCCCCGAGUACCUGUCCAGACCCAGCCACUACCACUACAAGCGGGACGGCAGCGGGUGCGGGCGGGAAAACUCAGUGUGCGCGUUCGUGAGCGAGGCGUCGGGACGGCUUGUGACCGCUCGCUGUUGUGGCGCCCUGAGCUGCCUCCCCGCCGGCGCCUCCUGGACCUGCCUCGACCCAACGACCCCGCUCUCGUUGGACGAUCUACAGCCUCAGCUCGACUAAGAGACUCCACCAGUGUCUAGUCACAAGCAACACACCACCAGCGUCUAGUCACAAGCAACACACCACCAGCGUCUAGUCACAAGCAACACACCACCAGCCUCUACUCACA